GGGGGCCCCAGCAGGUCAUGACGUCAGCAGCAAUCAGCGGUCGCUGGGCAGUAACGGUAGUAUAGAGAGAAACAAGCUACGAUGGUCGUCAUCAAGGAGUACCGCGUGGUUUUACCCUGUAGUGUUGAGGAGUAUCAAGUGGGACAGCUGUUCUCAGUGGCCGAAGCAAGUAAAAAUGAGACGGGUGGUGGCGAGGGCAUUGAGGUACUCAAGAAUGAGCCCUAUGAAAAUGAAGGCGAGAAAGGACAAUAUACACACAAAAUCUACCACCUAAAGAGUAAAGUCCCAGCAUUUGUCAAGAUGAUAGCCCCUGAAGGCUCUCUGAUUUUCCAUGAAAAAGCCUGGAAUGCCUACCCCUACUGCAGAACCAUUGUGACGAAUGAGUAUAUGAAAGAUGAUUUCUGCAUUAAGAUUGAGACAUGGCACAAACCAGACCUUGGAACUCAAGAAAAUGUGCACAAACUAGACAGUUCCACGUGGCAGAAUGUAACUGUUGUGCCCAUUGACAUUGCAGACAGAAGUCAAGUGUCCAAUGCUGACUACAAGCUGGAUGAGGACCCUGCCAUGUUCAAGUCAGCUAAGACCGGCAGAGGACCCCUUGGGCCCACCUGGAAGAAAGAGCUGGCUGCUAAGACUGACUGCCCAAAGAUGUGUGCCUACAAACUGGUCACAGUCAAGUUCAAGUGGUGGGGCCUGCAGAACAAAGUGGAGGGCUUCAUCCAUGAGCAAGAGAAGAGGAUCUUCACCAACUUCCACCGGCAGCUCUUCUGUUGGAUUGAUAAGUGGGUGGAGUUGAAUAUGGAUGAUAUCCGACGGAUGGAGGCAGAGACGCAGAAGGAGCUGGAAGAGAUGCGUAAGAAGGGCUCUGUGCGAGGUACAAAGGCUGCUGACGAGUAGCCAGGCCAGGUGUAGGUCUGAGUGUUGCUGUCUUCGUAGAAAGGGAGGAGUACGAGGAACCAGUGCUGCAGACGAAUGAAAAGGAUUUUAAACGCCCACGAUGACAGCAGCGAUGGAGACUGCUAAGAGGGCUCCUUUGGUGCCACUUUUUAACCAGAACUGAUUCAGGCUGUGGAGGUGGGGGGGGGUGGGGAGGGGGGCUCUGCUACCUGCAAUCAAUAGAGCAGAUCCCUGACUUGCACCCAAUCAUAGACAUUCUAUACACUGAGGAAUUGAUUUCUAGAAACCAACACGAUCCUAGCUGAUAAGACUCUGGUUAAUUUUGAUCUCCUGGACAGAGAAAGGCCAGCUAUCAGCAUCAUGUUAUUGACAAGAACCUAGUCUUCUGGAGAGAUAUGGAGAGGUGCUACUUUGCAGUAGAGAUCCAUUUUUACAAAAAAGCAAAUUCAUUGGCUCGAUUCCACAGUGGCAGGUGUUGGACCAAAUAUUUCCUUCUGUCCUACUUUGAUUUUCCUUUUUCCUCCAAAACAUUCCUCUCAAGAUGAUGCCCUGUCUGACCCGUCUUUGUCUCCUCCCCGGUCUUAACUGUACACACUGUGGCUCAGUGGUUUGCAUUCCCCAGCAUGAGUCUGUCUGUUUGUCAUACUCAUGUUCCUUCCUGCCACAGCCUCCAUUAAGAGAUUACUAACACCCUUGGCGUCUUGGCCCAUUGUAAUCCUUCCCCCCCAUCACCCCACCUUACCGAAAGCACUGCAUCUUAUUAACACUGACAAUCAUGCCCGUACAGGUAUUCACUCUCCCUCUCAUACGGAUUUAAUAGAAACCCACAUGCACAUGCAUAUGACACAUAUACAUGGCGCACAUGAGGAUAAACAUGCUAGUUUGUUUCUCACACAUACGCACACACACUCACAGGUGUGGAUGCCUUUGCAGUGACUGAUCUCUUAAAAGCUCAAGCUGGGCAGAUCCAUGCAAGCUUGUUCAGCUAAAAGGAUGUUACUUUGGAAGUGUUUACAGCUCCCACUGAUUUUUUUUUUUCUUGCCCCCCCCCCCCCACACACACACACACACACACACACACACACACACUCCCUAUUCUGAAGAUAUUCACACAUAACAUACAACACGGCAUUCACCUCCCUAACAGAUGUCCCCAGAGAAAAAACUGCACUGAAAAACAGCCACAGAUGGUGCUACACCCCUCCAGCCUCUGUCACAAGCCAAACUGCAGCGCACUGCUCGCCCCACCUCACCCAGCCCACCCCCAGAGGCCUGUCUCACUCAUCUGGUUCUCCGAGGUAGACGGCUUCCAAAAAGGCCUCUUCCCUCCUGCUUCAUUCUAGGUGUGUUUACAGAUCCACAACAGCCUAACCAGUGCCCAGUUGACACCAGCACCACACACUGCUUGCCUUAAUCUCCAGACCUUUGUACCUAUCGGACCUAUUAUACCUGUUGUACCUCCGCUGCCAGCUAUUGCUCUAGCUACCUCCCUUGUUUCCGGCAAUUUUCCUAACACCUAAAGGUUAGCGCUAGAUAUUAGCCUGCUUUUUGUUAGGAGUAAAUCUUGGCGGACAGAGCUUCAUGAGCAAAGGUGUUUGUAAUGACUCUUUAUUUUCUUCUAGGUGUAGAAUUGCAUGUGACUCCCUUUUAUGUUUCCUGAUACAUGUCGCAGCGCCUCAGCAAGUGCAAUUCCUUCAGCAAGCAAAAAUGUGUAAGUUGCAGCCGAAACAGCCUGUACACUGCUGUUGGUGCAAAGGGCUGCAGAUUUCCAUCUUUGCCUCAGAUCAGCUGUGUGAUGGAUACGCCAUAUUAAUGACUCUUCAACUCCGCAGUGCACUUUCUCCCCUUAGGCUUCAGAAUCAUGUGGCACUGGCCAACAGUGUUGAUUAUCACUAGUGUUACAAACAUAUAUAAGACAAGUGUUUUCCUCAUUUCAUCCUUGUUUUUUUGUGUUUUUUUGUGAUGUGUCAAUGUCUUAAAGGGACAGGUCACCUCAAAAUGAAAAAUGCAUAUUCUGCCUCUUAUCUGUAGUGCUGUUUAUAAAGUUAGAUUGUUCUGGUGUGAGUUGGCAAGUGUUGGAGAUAUCGACUGUAGAGAUGUCUGCCUUCUUUCUAAUGUCAUGGAACUAAAGGACACUUGGCUUGUGGUGCUCAAAGCACCAAAACACUACAUUAAAAAAAAACUCAACAGCAAUGUCUCGUUCCAGAAAUCAUGACCCGCUUACUCGAGAUAAACCAUGGACUUUUGUUGUGUGCAAGCUAAUGUAGGAACUAUUUUCUCUCUACCAAACUACACCAGCCAGCUGUAUCACCAUGCCAAAGGAAGCAUGUAUCUACUCAUGGACAAGAGGCUUGUGCUUGCGACUGCACGAGAUGUAAAUAUUAAUGCCGUCCUCUUCAGCUGAGCUGUAAUGUUAGCUAGCUCAAUGGUGUCAGGUGAGGUAGCAGUACAUACACGCUUCCUCCUGCGCUGUGAUUUGGAUGACAGGUGUAUUUUGGUAGAAAGAAAAAAGAUCCUACAUUAAACUGCUCACAACAAGGUCUGUGGAUUGAGUACCCCAUGAUUUCUGGUAAGAGACAUUGCUGUUGAGUUUUCUUCAUGUAUUUUUGGGGCUUUAAGCACCACUAGCCAAGCGCUAUCUAGUUCCAUUAUAUUCCAGAGAAGGAAGACAUCUCUAUGGCUGAUGGCUCUAACACUCAGCAACUCACACCAAAACAAUCUAGACAUUAAUAGCACUACAGAUAAGAGAAAAACUAUGUAUGUACUUUUGAUUUGGGGGUGAACUGUCACUUUAAAUUGUGCUACAGGAAUUGUGGGGUUUGUUUUUAGAGAUCUAUUUUCCAGAUUUUCCUUUCAAGACCGAUGUUAUGAAAUAAUGUGGGUUCAAAGAUCCUAAUGUUUUUAUUGUCUGUAUUGUAUGAGGGAAUGUGAUCCACUUCCUCAGUAAUGGGUUAUUGGCUUGUCCAAAGAGUGCGAAUGGAUUUCCGAUAUGUUUACAUGAAUUCAGCAAUCGUAGGCUGGUAAUAUAGGAAACUUGGGAAGCAAUUGUCUGAGGCAACAUUCUUACUUUACAACAAAAUCUUCUCAGGUGAACAAUACGAUAGGAGGAUCUUUUUUGAUAUUGUUGCUCAUCAGUUACCCCAAACAAUUGACUUCCUUUUGCCAUACCAUAUCCUUAUCUGUGGGAAAUAUGGUUAAACAGUGUCAACACGAUAAGACGUGGUUGUAAUAUAGCCUGUUUCGUUUUUAUCACAGUAUAUAAGACAACCAGUCAGCCUUUGUUACUGUAUUGGAACUGUAUGCAUAUGUCUCAAAGAGCGAAAAGUCUGAAACAGUGGGUCUUGAGUGUAAUCAAUGUUUCCAGGUCUAUCUUAAUGAUUCCUUCUGUCUGCUGAAUAGAGAAGCCAUUGACUAAAAAGAACAUCCUAAAUCAAUUGUUUACCAUCUGUCAAGACAAUGAUAUGGAGGGGAGAGGAAGUACUCACAAAGCAACUGUACAGUCUUAACCUAAUUUAUAAAAUCCGCAACUGUUUAAUUUCCGAACUUGCUCGCUUUUGAAAUGUUUCUGAUCAGCUUUUGAAAUUCAGGGGACAUGGUAGUGAAUGUAUGAUAUUUUGUGCCUUUUCUUUCUGAGAUCUUGUCGUGUGCCAUUAAGUCUACAUAUUGUAUCUAAGUAUCAAAUAAAUUUCGUCUGAAAAAUAA